CGGGUAAACCUGUCUCACCGGCGGGGAGCUUCCUCCUGGGAGGGCCGCCGAGUUUUCCUUCCGCCCCUGCAGCUCGGAGCUCCGCGAGGGGCGAGCGGAAGGUGCGCGGGAGCCCGGGCCCGCGGGAGUCGGGGUCAUCGGCGCGAGCCAUGUCUCUGUGGGGGGAGCCGCCGCAGGCCUCGUCGCCCCCGGCUUCACAGCCGCCCCUGGCCGGCGUCUCGGCGCCGCCUCCCGCCUGGCCGGCGAGUACGACCCUCAACCGUCUGCGGGAGCCCCUGCUGCGGAGGCUCAGCGAGAGCCUGGACCGGGCACCCGAGGGCCGGGGCUGGAGGCGACUGGCCGAGCUGGCGGGCAAUCGGGGGCGACUCCGGCUCAGUUGUCUGGAUCUGGAGCAGUGUUCUCUUAAGGUACUGGAGCCUGAGGGAAGCCCCAGCCUAUGCUUACUGAAACUAAUGGGUGAAAAAGGAUGUACGGUCGCGGAACUGAGCGACUUCCUGCAGGCUAUGGAACACACUGAAGUUCUUCAUCUUCUCAAUCCGCCAGGAUUAAAGAUCACUAUAAAUCCAGAAUCAAAGGCAGUCUUGGCUGGGCAGUUUGUGAAACUGUGUUGCCGUGCAACUGGACAUCCUUUUGUACAAUAUCAGUGGUUCAAAAUGAAUAAAGAGAUUCCAUAUGGAAAUUCACCAGAACUUAUUUUUAAUGCAGUGCAUGUGAAGGAUGCAGGCUUUUAUGUCUGUCGAGUUAAUAAUAAUUUUACCUUUGAAUUUAGCCAGUGGUCACAGUUGGAUGUUUGUGAUGUGACAGAAGUAACAGAAAGUUUCCGGGGUAGUUUGGAUGGCAUCUCUGAAUCCAAGUUGCAAAUCUGUGUUGAACCAAAGUCUCAAAAACUGGUGCCAGGUAGCACAUUGGUUUUACAGUGUGUUGCUGUUGGAAGCCCCAUUCCUCACUACCAGUGGUUCAAAAACGAGUCACCAUUAACACAUGAGACAAAAAAGCUGUACAUGGUACCGUAUGUGGAUUUGGAACAUCAAGGAACCUACUGGUGUCGUGUAUCUAAUGAUCAAGACAGUCAAGAUAGUAGAAAGGUAGAAAUCAUCAUAGGAAGAACAGAUGGGGCGGUGGAGUGCACGGAAGAUGAAUUAAAUAAUUUUGGACAUCCUGAUAAUAAAGAACAAACAAUUGACCAGCCUUUAGCAAAGGACAAGGUUGCUCUAUUGAUAGGAAAUAUGAAUUACUGGGAACACCCCAAGCUUAAAGCUCCUCUGGUGGAUGUGUAUGAACUGACUAACUUACUGAGGCAGCUAGACUUCAAAGUGGUUUCACUGUUGGACCUCACCGAAUAUGAGAUGUGUAAUGCUGUGGACGAAUUCCUGCUGCUUUUAGACAAAGGAGUAUAUGGGUUAUUAUAUUAUGCAGGACAUGGCUAUGAAAACUUUGGGAACAGUUUUAUGGUCCCUAUUGAUGCUCCAAAUCCAUAUAGGUCUGAAAAUUGUCUGUGUGUUCAGAGUAUAUUGAAAUUAAUGCAAGAAAAAGAAACUGGACUCAAUGUAUUCUUGCUGGACAUGUGUAGGAAAAGAAAUGACUAUGAUGAUACCAUCCCAAUCUUGGAUGCACUAAAAGUCACUGCCAAUAUUGUGUUUGGAUAUGCCACGUGUCAAGGAGCAGAAGCUUUUGAGAUCCAGCAUUCUGGAUUGGCAAAUGGAAUCUUCAUGAAAUUUCUAAAAGAUAGACUAUUAGAAGACAAGAAAAUUACUGUGUUACUGGAUGAAGUUGCAGAGGAUAUGGGUAAAUGUCACCUUACCAAAGGCAAACAGGCUCUAGAGAUACGAAGCAGUUUAUCUGAAAAGAGAGCACUCACGGAUCCAAUUCAGGGGACCGCUUGUUCUGCAGAAUCUCUGGUGCGCAAUCUGCAGUGGGCCAAGGCUCACGAACUUCCAGAAAGCAUGUGCCUUAAAUUUCAGUGUGGUGUUCAGAUUCAAUUAGGAUUUGCAGCCGAGUUUUCCAAUGUCAUGAUAAUCUAUACGAGUAUAGUCCACAAACCACCUGAGAUAAUAAUGUGUGAUGCUUAUGUUACCGAUUUCCCACUUGACCUAGAUAUUGAUCCAAAAGAUGCAAAUAAAGGAACUCCUGAAGAAACAGGCAGCUAUUUAGUAUCAAAGGAGCUUCCCAAGCAUUGCCUAUAUACUAGACUCAGUUCACUGCAAAAAUUAAAGGAACACCUAGUGUUCACCGUGUGUUUAUCCUAUCAGUACUCGGGGCUGGAAGACACUGUGGAGGAGAAGCAGGAAGUGAGCGUCGGCAAGCCGCUCAUCGCCAGGCUGGACAUGCACCGCGGCAUGGGCAGGAGGGCCUGCUUUCAGAUGUGCCUCGUGCCUGAUGGGGCUGGCCCCGCCCCCUCGGGGGGCGCAGGGCAUUACCAGGACUCGUUCGGUGGUGUUUACCACUCACACCUGGGUAAUCCAGACAGCGGCGUGCCGCCAGACAGGUGUCACUGCAGCCGGACGCCCAGUGCCUUCAUUUCAACGUACCCCACCCACCAUUACUCCUGUCAGUUUGGUAGAAGUAAUGUGCCGGUAGAGACGACUGAUGAGAUGCCAUUCAGUUUCUCCGACAGGCUCAGGAUUUCUGAACAGUGACCUUGUUUGUAUUUAUCAUUAUUCUAGUGUCAGAUACCUCACCGGAAAUAAAAUGAGACAUUGUGAAAAG